CUCCAUUUUUUAUCUUUUUUAAUUUUUAUCAUUUUAUCAAUUUUAUUUUUUAAAAAUUUAUUAAUGGCAUCAAAAAACAUUAUUCGUCCGUUAGAAAAUAAAGUUGCGUUGGUGACUGGGGCAUCUCGUGGAAUUGGUAGAGGAAUAGCCUUGCAAUUGGGACAAGCUGGGGCAAUUGUUUAUUUGACUGGAAGAGCCCCUUCGAAUUCUUUUUCACAAAAUGAAUUGCCUUCUCUUGAACAGACUGCAAAAGAAAUUAAAGACAAUGGAGGCAAUUCACAUCCAAUAUAUUGUGACCAUUCAAAAACUGAAGAAGUCCGUUCACUCUUUAAACGUAUUGAACAGGAACAAGGAGGACGUUUAAAUAUUCUCGUCAAUAAUGCUUAUUCUGGAGCUCCAAGUUUAAUGAAAAAUGCCGGCAAAAAGUUUUGGGAAUGCGAACCUGAAUUUUGGGAUGAUAUAAAUGAAGUAGGCCUUAGAAAUGCUUAUUUUUGCUCUACAUUUGCAGCACGUUUAAUGGUUCCAAAAGGAGAUGGUUUAAUAGUAAAUAUAAGUUCGGCUGGAAGUUUACAAUAUUUAUUUUCUGUGCCAUAUGGAGUUGGGAAAACUGCAAUAGAUAGAAUGACUGCAGACAUGGGAUUUGAGCUUAAACCAUUUGGUGUUACUUGUGUAUCGCUAUGGCCAAGUUUUGUCAGAACCGAAUUGGCGACAUUGGAGGCUAAUGAAGUGCAAUUUUCUAAAGCAGCUGGAAUGACCACAGAAGCAUUUAAAAAUUCUUUGGCGACCGCAGAAACAACUGAAUUUGUUGGAAAAGCAGUUGUGGGAUUGGCAAGUGAUCCAAAGAAGAUUAAAAAGACUGGAAGAAUACACAUUACUGAAGAUUUGGCAACAGAAUAUGGAUUUACUGACAAAAAUGGCGUUACUCCAUCCAAUUUUCGCAGUGUUCGUUCAGCACUUGAAUUUCUGGGAUGGGUUACUUUUGCAAAAAUUUUCCCAAAAUUUCUCAAAGUGCCAAAAUGGGCUUUACAUUUUUCAUCCUACAAAUUUUGAAGAAAAUCAACAACAAUCU